AUGCAACAAGAGAAGACCAAAGAAGAUCAUAGCCGUCUGAUCAAUGUCUUAGCCAAAGAUCUAACGGCUCAAAACCGACGGCUAGUGGAGGUUCCCUACACAGCAACACUGGCUCACGCAAUGAACACAUUGGUGGCUAACUCCAUCUCAGCUCUCCCAGUGGCUGCACCUCCAGGACACUGGAUCGGAGCCGGUGGUUCAAUGAUCAUGGAAUCUGAUAAACAAACCGGAACAGUACGAAAACACUACAUCGGAAUUCUCACCAUGCUCGACGUUCUUGCUCAUAUAGCCGGAGGAGGGAAUCUCUCUGAUCUCUCCGAUCUUGACCGCAAAAUGGGUUCGCAGGUUUCUUCAAUCAUCGGUCAUUGCCUCGAGGGACUUAGUCUCUGGACGCUGAAUCCUAACACGAGCUUCGUGGAGUGUAUGGAAGUGUUUAGCAAAGGGAUUCAUCGAGCAUUAGUGCCAGUUGAGAGCAGUGUAGAGAGUAGUAACACCAUUUCAGGAGUUGAGUUGGUUGAGUCUGCUUCUUCUUACAAGAUGUUGACUCAGAUGGAUCUCUUACGGUUUCUUAGAGACCAUCACUUCGAUGAUCUCAGCACUAUCCUCUCACGAUCCAUCUCAAAGCUUAGAGCUGUUAAUGAUUCCGUUUACGCCAUUAGCGAGAGAACAACUGUUUCCAAUGCUAUAAACUCUAUGAAAUCUGCUCUGCUCAACGCUGUUCCGAUCGUUCAAGCUCCUGAUGUAACGCAAGAGGAUCAUCUUCAGCUCAUUAAUGGGAGACAUAGGAAAGUGAUUGGUACGUUUUCCGCAACGGAUUUAAAAGGGUGUCGUUUGUCGGAGUUGCAGACUUGUCUGCCUCUCACAGCUUUGGAGUUCACUGAGAAAGCUUCAGGGAAGGAGAGGGAGAUGGUGAGUUGCACUGUGGACACGACGAUGGAGGAAGCUAUAGAGAAAGUGGCGACCAGAGGGGUGCACCGAGUUUGGGUGGUGGACCAACAGGGUCUGCUUCAAGGAGUCGUCUCCCUCACUGAUAUCAUACGCUCCAUACGAGCUGCUCUUUUGUAA